ACUAUUAAUAAUAAAUUUAUUUUACAGAUUUAUUAGAUUUCAAAUUUUUACUUAUUUAUUUCAAAAAAUGUUAUUUCGAUUCUUCAUUUUAAAUUUUUAUAAUUUUUGGAUUUUAAAUCAAAGUUUGAUGGUUUUCUGUAGUUCAAGUUCAAAUUCAAAUUCAUACAUAGAUAUUGUAAAUGUUAUCAGAGAUUUCAAUUUUAUUCGUCUACAGCAAGGAUGGGAUUUGGAUACGUUAUAUGGUUUCAAGAUCGGUAAAAACAAAUAUGAAUAUUAUAAUAUGAAUAAUAUUUUGUCGAUAAUUAAUGAAGAUAAUUUUGAUGAAAAAAUACCAAGGAUAAACGAAUUAAUAAUUUUUAGAUACACUGAACAUUUGAAAGUAUUUAGACAUUUAUUGAACAGUUUUGUUAAUUUAUGUUACAGUUAUAAGGAUUUAGACUCAGAAUAUUUCAUAAAGUGCAUUGUCAAGUUGAAGGAAACAAUAAGAAAAUCAACUAAAAUGUUUAUAAAAUUUGUAUAUGUCGUUAUUUUCUUAUAUGAUGUCAAUGAUUAUCUAUAUAAGCAGUAUAAUUUAGAGUUUAAAAGUAUUGUUAAUCAUAUAGAGAUGUUGUAUGGUCUGACAUUAAAAUAUUAUCCUAAUAUUCAAAAUAAAUCUAAUGCUAAUAGAGUAUUAAAGAAUGUUGUAAGAUUUUUGCAAAAUACAUUAGAACAAAAAACAUUAGUCGAACUUGACCAAAUAAAUGAUUCCGCAGUAUAUUAUACUAAAAAUUCAGUUAAUGCUACUUUAGUGGUUGAGCAUGGCGUAGACCUGAAUAAUGUAAUAGUUGCUGUCACUAUUAAAAAACAUACAAGACUUUUAAAUUGGUUUUAUAAGAUAGCAGUUAAAGAUGGGUAUUAUGAUUUGGGCUUUGACAAAGUGAUCGUUGGUAAUACUUACAGGCAUAUAAAAUUAGAAAUUAAGGGGCGCCAUAGAGAUUAUAAACCUGAACAUGAAAAUGAUGAUUUUAAUGAAGCAGCAGAAGAUGCAGAAGUAGACGAAGAAGAAGAAGAAGAUGAAAAACUUCAACAACAACGAAUACAACAACAACAAGAAAGAUAUCGAAAACAACAACGAGAACGAGAACAACAUCAACAACAAAAACAACAAUAUAAUUAUAGUUAUGAAGUUUAUAAUGUUGAAGAUUAUAUAUAUGGAGAUGAAGAAGAUUAAUAACUACCAGAUUCUAAUGAUGGUCAAUAAUACUAUCGAAAUUUAGAUACAACGAUUGAUUUCAAUAAUAAAAGUUAUUUUUUUUAUAUUACAGAAAAAGAAAAAUUGUUUAAUAAUUAAGUCAGGUAUUAUUUUAUUCAAUGUAGCUUUUAAUUUAAGAAUGCUAAACAUACAAAAAAAAUUAUUUUUAUUGAUCCAAUGAUGAAACUGCAAAUAAUGUUUAUGACAGGAUUUAAAAAACAAUUUUUUUACUUUAGACAG